AUGCAUCAGUUGUCAUUGACUGCUGAAGGUCGUGUUGAAUUAUCAAAGAUAUUCAGCCUCGUUCCAGCUUGGAAUAUUACUACGAAAGUCAAUGAGAAGGAUAUGCAAAACUUCUUCGCGAUCAUGUAUCAGAACUUUGACAGCAUCGUGCAAUACAAUAAUGAUAAUCGGGGCAUAUAUGCAUAUGGUGAAGGAAUGCGUGAGGGCUGUGGAAUAAUGCAGAAUAACGAGAGAACCCCAAUGCAGAAUUUAGCUGAAGUUAAUAAAUACGUUGCCAUAUUCCCGAAUGGGACUUUCGAUUAUACGGAUUACGUUUACCAGAAUCUAGUCAAAUAUUUAAAGAAUGACACAUUUUUCGAUGGAUCUGACUGGCGCACAUGGACGUAUCAAACCUGCACACAGUUUGGUUUCUUUGAAUCAACAGACAUUGGCUACAAUAUAUGGGGUAGUCCAGUUCCUGUGAAAAGAACGCACCGACUUCAGGGCACAAACGUUAUGUUCACGAAUGGAAAUAUUGAUCCCUGGCAUCUUCAAGGCAAAUAUAAUGGUACUGGAACAGUCACAACGAUUCUUAUGAAUGGUACUGCCCAUUGUGCCGAGAUGUACCCACCACGACCUCAAGAUGCACCAGAUCUUAAACCUGUCAGAGAGUUAGCAUUAAAGAAAAUUGGUGAAUGGCUUGGUAAGUUCUUUUACUCGUAA